AACCCCCCACCCCCACGUGGCGCAAGAGCGCAGAAGCGUGGUCACCACAUCUACGCCUCUAAAUCAUCAGCAGCAGCAAUAGCAUUACCAUCGUCGUCGACGUUCUGCGUGUGCGCAUGCCAUGGCCAGCGCAGUGGGGCCAUCGGCGAAUGGCUCUCAGUCCCUGAGGAACGAGACCCAGCACGCGGGAGGGCCUCCCUCGCCCUUCUGGAACGGCGGUCGCUUCGUGGUCUACGCCAUCCUCACCCUGACCUGGGUGCCGACCUUCGCGCUCUCCGUCCUCAUGGCGUGCCUCCUCGUCCGCCUCAGGGCGUACAGCGAGAGCGCCAAGUACAUACUCUUCGCCAACCUUACGGCGAGCGACUCCAUGUACAUGCUGUUGUCGGGCAUCCUCACCGUGCUCCGCUCGGAGCAGGUGUGGGUGUCGCGCGUGCUCUGCGCCCUGCAGGUCAACCUCAGCAUGACGCUGCACGUGAACAGCGUGCUCAGCGUUGCGGCGAUGGCCGUGGAGCGGUAUGUGGCCAUCUGCCACCCGCUCAGGUACCACCAGCUGUCGCACCGCCGCUCUGGUCUGCAGGCAGUCGCCAGCAUCUGGCUGCUGUCAUUGUUGGCUCCGAUCCUGCGCCUGGGCCUUUACUUCGCGAGCGGGCCGCCCUUCCUGACGGGCAGCGAACCGGUCUGCGAAAUCAACACCUUCGACGCACAAUUGCCCUACGGGGAGGAGACCAUCAUCAUCCGCAACGUGUUUCUGUACACUUUCUUCGUCCUGUGCACGUUGGGCGUGCUGAUUGCCUAUGUCCUGACGGCUCGCGCCGCUAAGAGGGCGUCAGAGAGACGGAGCAGUUUCUCCAAGGCUCUGAAGACCAUCGUGUUGCACGGAAUUCAGCUGGGCCUGUGCCUCCUGCCCGCUGCUUUGCCCAUGGCCCACAACAUUGUGGGCCUCUUCGACCUGAGCCCCGUCGGCUUGUACGGAGUUCGCGUCACGAUAUACUUUGUGCUACACGUGGUCCCGCGCUUCAUGAGCCCCUUUCUCUAUGGCGUCAGGGACGAGGAGAUCAUGAAGGACCUGCGGAGGCUCCUCUGCUGCGUCCGUUCGAAGCGAGUGAAUCCUUAAGUGGAGUCGUGCGCCACCAUGGAUCUCCCGUGUGGACAACUGAAUAAACAAAUUACUUAAACUAAACUAUUUUUAUUUCACCAGAUAAGGCUCACUGAGCUGUAUAGCUCUUUUUGCAGAAGCGACCUGGCCAUCACAAAUGAUAGCUCAACGAAGUGGCUUAUUAUCACGUGGAAAUUUAUCGCAGCCAAAUUCCCGAAACGCAUGAUGUUGUUUCUAAAUGUAGAGAAAAAUAACGGAAAAAACCCGGAGAAAAAUCCACACGACCACGGGGAGAACGUGCAAACUUCAAUUUCCCGCAGGCGUCGGGGUCGGGAUCGUACUCAUGGCCGCCUGUAAACCAGGCGAGGUAGUUAACAUCUCACCACCGUUUCGACCCAAAAUACAUUCAUACUAGUGGUUAGGCCUCCUUCGAGGUCUCAGAUACACUAAAAUAAUAUUGUUUAUGAUGAGAAAAUAAAUCGAUUUUAAUUCGAAAUGGUUACGAAUUAUUCUUUUGUUCGAACUUAAAAACUAAAAAAACAAAUCACCCUCCAUGACUUCCGCUUUCGUAAAAAGUGACGCCAACAAAUGUAGACAUUUUCAAGAAAUCGUCUCAACGGAAAUUCUUCAGACACUGGGCGUGUCUGAGAAAGAGCUGCUGCUGACGCACGCUGCUAUUGCGUGAUACACCAAUGUGAUCGGCGGUACAUGCGCACCAGCAUUGUAAAUCGUCUCUGCUGGAUGAAGGCCUCCCUCACUCUGCAGCAGGGGUCGGCAGAACCUGCCGCUCCAGAGCCACAGGCGGUUCUUUAAGGACCGCAGUACGGCUCUUGGAAUUAGAAAAAAAAACGGCUUUUGUUAUAUUUGUAGUAAGUUCGAGGAGACGAUGUCGAAGUUGAGGCACACUCUGUUUAUUAACCCAGGGACAGGCACAAAAGUUGAAGGGGUAUCGGCCCCUUCACCCGUACUAUGGGAAACCCACCCUAGUACUAAGCCCUCUGUCCUGUUCCCCAGUCCUCCUCUACUGGGCUACGGGAGGCUGACUGAUCUGGCCCUGGCAAGCACAGAUCUCGGCACCAGCUAACCAGCCUUGCCCUGAUAAGGGCAGCGGUCUGGAAGCUUUUGGGCCGCGCCACUGG